ACUCCGGACAGGACGGUCUUCUCCACCUCCUGCUCCUCUUCUUCUUCUCCUCCUCCUCCUCUCUGUGUGUUUGUGUGUGCUGGUAGUGGUGGUGGUGCUGAGGAGUGCACCGACAGUCGCAGCUGACUCCAGUCCAGAGGUCCCGGACAGAGGCGUGAUGGUGCGGACUCAUUGAUAAAAUCCGCUGCCGCUGGAAUUAAAAUGAGCACUCCCGCUGAGCGGCUCUCCUCCUCCACAUAGCGCUGCCUUCUCUGCACAAGAUCUGUUUGUGUGUUUGUGUGAGUCCAGCAGGCGACGCAGGAUGACUACUACCCUAUCUCUGGUGAUUCUGUGCGCUUGGGUGGCGUUAGCGUUGGCUUCUAAGACGGAGCGGGCGGUGCAGCUCCCCUGUGACUCCGGCCAGUACACCACCAAUGGAGAAUGCUGCCAGGAGUGUCCACCUGGAGAAGGAGUGGUGAAGAAAUGUGGCGUCACACAGACUGUCUGCUCCCAGUGUUUGGACAGUGAGACCUUCUCAGAGAACUACAGUCACACAGAGCAGUGCAGGCCCUGCACUGAGUGUACCGGCCUAAUGCGCAUGGAGACGCCCUGCACCGACUCCAACGACGCCAUCUGCGUCUGCAACUACAACUUUUUCUUCAACGGGUUAUCCGGCCAGUGCGAGCCGUGUACGGUGUGCCCAGUGGGCCAGGGUGUGUUCGCGCACUGCGACCACGACCAUGACACGAUGUGCGAGGAGUGCGUGGAUGAUACCUUCUCCGACCGCGAAAGCUCCCUCGACCCCUGCCUGCCCUGCACCAUCUGUGAUGAGGAGGACAGUGAGAUACAGCUGGCUGUGUGCACACCAAACAGCGACUCGGUCUGUCACAAUCCUCUGCUCCCAACAUAUAUCUCUCCCACCUCCGAUAUGGGCCUGUCUCCACCCUCCUUCACCAAUUAUUUCCUCCCCGAUGGCUCCGACAGCCCGCUGCCGGGAGGACAGACGACCACGUCUAGCGCUGGCUCUCCUCGCUUCCUCGGCCACGGGCUCAACGAAAACCUCAUCCCCAUGUACUGCUCCAUCCUGGCCGCCGUGGUGGUGGGCCUCGUGGCCUACAUCGUUUUCAAGAGGUGGAAUAGCUGCAAGCAGAACAAGCAGGCAGCUAAUAACCGCGCAGCUACAAACAACCAGAUGGUGACGCCGGAGGGAGAGAAGCUGCACAGCGACAGCGGAAUUUCGGUGGACAGUCAGAGUCUGCAGGAGCAGCAGCAGCAGGCCCAGGCUGAAGUCCAGGCUCAGCCCUCACACUCACGCACACAGGAACAGAUAGUGGUGAGGGUGGAUGGCGGCCCCCAGCCUGACACGCCUUCUCCUGAUGUCUAAAGGACGAGGAAGAGGAAGAAAAAGAAGAAGAGGAGGCGUCAGAGCUAAGGACGUGGAGAGGAGAGCAGGGACUUGAACUGUGGACCAAAAAGAAAGCAGGGGCAAGGAUCACAUGGAGACGUAAAACUGACCGAUUCAUAUCUGAAGUGGACAAAGGAGCAGAGACUUUUAUGGACAUUUCAGCACCUUUGGGCCACAGUCUGACUCUUCAUCCCUGCAUAUAGAGUCCAACUCUAUCAAUCAGUGUGUGCCUGGACACAACUUCUACGGCAAUAUCAACCAAUCUGUACCAAUGUCACUGCAGAUACAUAAUCAUAGAUAUAUGCCAGUGCAUCUCAUAUUAACUGACUACUCCAGUAUCUAAUAAUGACAUAAUUCUCACUAACUGCCAACGUAGUCUCCUCAGCCCCUUCUUAAGCUUUACAUUGUCCCCUUACUUCCACAAUCACUCGCCAUGAAACAUAUGUGCCUGAAGUAAAUAGGUAGAAAGGUUCUCCAUUAUCUCCUCUUUCUCUUCCUUGUGCAUCAGAGACUUUCUUCCUCAUAGACCAGCGUUUUUUCCUCUCACAUCUUCCUCUGUGGCGUCCCACCGUCAGAUAAUCCUCCGUCUCUCUCCAUAGAAUUCCCUCUAUUAGACCCCCGCCAUCAUCUGCGAUACAAAAAGCAGCGGGGGAGCCGUGAGUCAUUCCCGAAACUUCUUCUGAAGUUCUUUAUUCUUUUAUAAUUUAACCACAGACGCUUUUCAUGGCAUGUCGUCUUGUAAAAUGUGUCAUUGUUUCAGAUCGGCUGCACCGACUGAUGCACAUGACUCAUAUUUGAGACAAAGGUGAAUAGCUGUGCAGCCUGCUCGGUUAUCAACUAUCUUUUCUUUGGGUGAGAUGAAUCUUCCGGAACUCGACGCUGACCCCUUCACAGCGCCUCCAGGCAUUGAAUUUCAUGCUUAUAAUGUAACACACCCUAAUGUUUGUCUCCCGUUUGUGGUGCAUUACUUUCAUUUUGUGGCUUGAGUUACACAGCUGAUUCAGCAGGGUGCCUCCAUGGCCCUAACAUAAGAGAAACCUCUCCAGACUGUGGAGCUCUGCUGACUCACUGUGAUGCUGUCUAAUGACGCCAUCAGUGACCCAGUAUACAGAGCUGCUCAUUAAACAGAUGCUUCAAUGAAUUUGGUACUGAAAAGAAACAGAGGAAUCCCAUUUGUCGUGCUUUACGCUUACCGAGUGGAAAAUUGGGACACCCCUCAGAGGCACCCACCCUCUCCACACUCACUCUUAGAGUCUUGCGUACGACUCUGUCGGCGUGAUAGAGCCUGAUAAACAGUGCGGAGGCGCUAAUGCAUCGGUGGCGGCGGCGCCCAAGUCAACACGGGGCCCAUUAGAUAGACAUCCUGACAGGCAGGUAGUAAUUACCUCAGGGUUUCAGCUUCAUUUACCCUCUGCUUGGCUCGGCUCAGCCACUUCUCAUCGGGAUUAAUGCUGCGGACAACAGAGGGGCGACACGGCUCUCUUUGAAGCCUCAGCAUGACAUUACCGAUCCCUUAUCUAAGUCUGAAGCCACUGACAUUUACUAUAAUGCCAUGGUGAUAUAAAAGCACUUAGUUGCAAGGCAGGGUUGCACCUUUUAUCACGCAGGACCACUUUACGCUGCCUCCCUCCUGCUGCUUGCAGUAACUGUAAAAGCAGUCGACAUAGAUAUCUAGUAAAAGAAGUAUAGUGUAGCAGAGUUUGACUGCACUGCUUUAGCAUUCAUUUCUACAGAAGCGUGUACUUUCUCAGGGUACCUCUUGUUGUGGUGUGAUUUAAGAUUAUCAAGAGAUCUGUAGAGGAUUUCUGUAAACAACCUGUAGAUGUAUGAUAGAGUAGGUAGGUAGGCAGGUACAGAUAUAAAGCAGCUGUUGAUGUUGAAAAAAAGACAAAGAUACGGGUUGACAUGCUAAUUAGCUGAUUCCGACAUGAUUCAGACACUGAAUUUUAAGACAUAGUUUGACAUUUUGGGGAAAAAAAAAA